AUGGGUUUCUCUUUGUUUCCAAUAGCAUUUGUGAUAAUACUCUUUUUUCCUUGCAUUCUUGCAUAUGAAUUUGCUUCCACUAUAAUAGUUGAUCAAUCCGGUAAAGGACAAUUCAAAACCAUUCAAGAUGCAAUUAAUUCUGUUCCUUCAGGAAAUAAUAAAUGGUUUCGCAUCGACAUUUAUCCAGGCAUCUACAACGAGAAUGUAUUUAUUCCAGCUGAGAAGGAGUACCUAUUUCUACAAGGAAGUAAUUUAUCUCAAACGAUAAUCUCAUCCGAUGUUCAUACUUCUAGCCUGAGUGCUACCUUCCGUUCUUCUGCCAAUAAUCUUGUUGCCAAGAACAUAAAAUUUGUGAACUCAUAUAAUAUAAAUCAGAAGAUAAACAUUAUACCAGCACCGGCAGCAACAAUAUAUGGAGAUAAAAUAGCCUUCUAUAAUUGUGAAUUUGUUGGAUACCAAAAUACGCUUGCUGAUGCUAGGGGUCGACACUACUAUAAAUCUUGUCACAUUGAAGGUGCAUUAGAUUUUAUUUGGGGAUGGGGUCAAACCGUUUUUGAGGAAUGUAAGAUAAAAGUUACUGGUGAACCGGAUUCUAGAGGCUAUAUUACUGCACAAGGGCGAGAAUCAGUGGAAGAUUCAAAUGGCUUCGUGUUCUUGAAUUGUGAUGUUGAUGGUGUUGGGAAAGCAUAUCUAGGAAGAGCUUAUGGCGCAUCUUCUAGAGUCGUUUUUAUUAAAUCCACAUUGAGUUCGGUUGUGAUUCCUAUGGGAUGGGAUGCAUGGGUUCACAAGGAUCACAAAGGUGAUUUAACUUAUGUAGAGGCUGGUUGUCGAGGAUCAGGGGCUAAUUCUCUAGAAAGGGAAUGCAAGAUAAAUGUUACUGGUGUACCGAAUUCUAAAGGUUAUAUUACAGCACAAGGACGAGAAUCAAAAGAUGAUCCUAAUGGUUUCGUGUUCUUGAAGUGUGAUGUUGAUGGUAUUGGACAAGCAUACCUUGGAAAACCUUAUGGCUCAUUCUCUAGAGUCAUUUUCAUUCAAUCCACAAUGAGUUCGGUUGUGAUUCCUGCGGGAUGGGAUGCAUGGGUUCACCAGGGUUUCGAAGGGGAUUUAACUUAUUUGGAGGCCGGUUGUCGAGGGUCGGGUGCUAAUUCUCUACAAAGGGUGCCAUGGGCGUGGAUAAUGAGUUAUAAUAGAGUAUAUCUAGAACAAUUCAACCCACAAAAUUUUAAUGACAAAGAUGGAUGGAUAGCAAAUACACUUUUCAAAUGA